CAAAAGGGAAGCGAUUACUCUCGACCUCAGCCUAUGUAACGAAGCAGUGUGCUCAUUGGUACAGUUCCCGGACGGGUACUAUUGCACUCAGCGUCUUGGGAUUUGGGCGACUUGCUGUCCGAGGAGCCAGAUUUGCUUUCCUAUGACUACCUGCAUUCCCCAUGCCUCGCUCUCCAGCGGGACUAGCACAGCUUCGAAUCCCAAUGCCAUUACGUGUUCCGAUCCCGCCUCCCCAAUCUGCAACACCUACAUUUUUGCCGCUUACUCUAGCCUGACGAUGGCACUGUGCGAAGCCAUUAGCGUGGUCGGUAGUAAUACGUUUACCUUCCCUGAUACCUUCUCAUUAACCUCACCUUCAACAUCAACUUCAACACCGACUCCAACACUGAAGCCUGCUCAAACGUCUCAUAUUUCGGCCGGGGCCAUCGCCGGAAUCGCAAUCGCAGCUGCUGUAGUGGGUGGCGCCCUUGUAUUCGCCUUCUUUUACUUCUUUCUCCGGGCCCACAGAAGCCGAAGCGCACCUCCCCAAGAUCUGGCACGUGCAGCUCCUCAAAAUGCAAAACCCCAUGGCGCAGAGCUCCCCACUGACCAUGUGGGCGAAUGAGCAACCACUGGCUCCAGCGCAGCAUGCAGUCCCUCUCCCCCGACGAGCAACGACUCUCCCGCCUCUACGGCAAGCUCCCUUCCAAAUCCGACCACCUAGCCGAGCACCUCAAAGAGUGCAAAUACUUCGACUGCGGUGACUACGGUCUCUCCAAAGCCGGAAAAGCCAGUUCGGUCGAUACCGGAAGCGUUGGCUCCCAGC